AUGGCGUCGUACGCGGACGCGCUCGAGGGCGAAUCCGAGUACCUCCGCCCGAGCGGCCGCAAGGCCGUGCGCUACGCCGUCGAGGUCGCGUUCCUCGCCCACCGGGGCCAGAAGCGGCGGUCCGGCGAGCCCUUCGUGACCCACCCCGUCGAGGUCGCGAAGAUAUUGGCGCGGACGCACAUGGACCGCGACACCGUCGUCUCGGGCCUCCUCCACGACACCGUCGAGGACACGGACCUGACCUUCGGGGAGGUCGAGGCCAUGUUCGGCGUCGACGUGCGGCGCAUCGUCGAGGGCGAGACCAAGGUGUCGAAGCUGCCGAAGAUGGCCCGCGAUCUGCCCGCCGCGGACGCGGAGAAGGAGCAGGUCGAGAACAUGCGGUCCAUGUUCAUCGCCAUGGCCGAGGACUGGCGCAUCGUCGUCGUCAAGCUCGCGGACCGGCUCCACAACAUGCGGACGUUGCGGUUCAUGCCCCCGCGGAAGCGCGCGAAGAUCUCCCGCGAGACUUUGGAGAUCUUCGCGCCCCUCGCGCACCGCCUCGGCAUGUGGCAGUACAAGACGGAGCUCGAGGAGACGUCCUUCGAGCAUUUGUUCCCCGCGGAGUACGCGGCUUUGGACGAGGCCAUCGCGCGGAAGCGG